AUGGCGCGCGUGGGUGUGGCAAACUACCGACACCCGUCGGAGCACCGAAGUGUGAUGAUGUGGGACGGUUUUUUUCGCGAGGGCGUGGGGCGUGAGCAGGGUGAUCACCCGUAUCACUCCUGGAAUAUCAACCGAGUGCCGAAGCCAACGUACGUGGGAGUCAGAACAACCAGCAAUGUACAGUUCAUUUUUUCGCUUGGUGCAAAAGCGUUUUAUUUGCCUCCUCGCGGGGACAAAUGAUAUAUGAUUUUGAUGAUGCUACUUCUUUGAGGCGUUCCACUUUUCGAGGGAAAACUCAACCUAAAGAUCGGAAAGGAAAUUUUUAUCAAAAAACUCCAGGAUGCGCAACUCUCCUGCUGGAGUUACAAGAAGAAGGGCAUUGAUCCACCAUGGGCGGGCAGGUCCGCCUUCCACAGUCCUAGGUUCCACGGACACAAUGGGAUGCCAGUCACAAUGCUGAGCCUGCAGUUGGCCAAGUAUAAAUUCUUUUCUUGCCCGUCUCAUGGUUUUGACAGAUGUAGCUGUUCUGUAGUAAUUUUUUGCAACUUCGCCCAUGACAACAAGGAGCAACAGACAUAAGAACACUAUCCAGUAUGCAUGCUGAAGCCGCUAUUUCUAUACCAUCCAAAUCCAGGUCCCGCUCAACUCCAGACAUGUUGGCGCACGACGGGAGGGCGAUGCACGAUGCGUAUCCAAUCAACACGGCCAGAUCAACCGCGAGUCAGCUCUCCACCGCACGAUCCACCGCGCGAGGCACCAAGCCAUAUCCUGUGUAAAAACGUCCCCACCCCAUAGUCAAGAUGGGGAAUCGACUAGACAAAUCCGCAAGCUUUGGCUGUUUUGCAUGACAAAUUUGGACUCGUAGCGUAGUGCUGUUUGAGCUAGCUCAGCAGCAUCACAGAUCUAGUACAUCAUGCUGAUUGGAGCAUUACAAAUUCCAAGACACGAUUAGAAAAUGCGUCUCGUGGGGGUCCGCAUGAGGAACAUUUUUAGCAUGCAGAUUUGCAUGACAGCCAUGGGGUGGGGACGUUUUUACUCAGGAUAAGCCACCGAAGGUGGCCAUCGCAAGGUGAAGUGGAGGAGAAUUGUGCUCCUGACGGCAAAAAUCCCUAUUUUAUACGUGCUUGUACGAAACAACGAUGAAAAUCUUUCCGACUUUUUUGCAUUUGAUAAACUUCACACGCAACGACCUUGUCAUAUCCAGAACUUAUACAACCAAAUUUCUGGUGCUUUUUUGGAGAUGGGAUGUUUGUUUCUUGAUUCAAAUACUACUGUUCUAUAUCCACUAAGCAUGAUUUGCCACCGCAGCAAACGAUUGGUUCCAAUUUGUCAAUGUAUCAACAGCAAAGAGAAGACGUGAAGGCUUGCGGGUUGUAUGAAUGUAUCAGCAGCAAACUGUUGUUUUUGAACUGUACAAUACUGUAUCCAAAAUGCCGCCGGCAUUCUCUUGGCCGGGAUGAGAAAAAUAUGAUUUUUUCCAG